AUGAAGAGGGCUAGGCCAGAUGAACAAAACCAAUCUAGGUCUAAGAAGAGGUUCUUUAACCAAGAAUCUUCAAUGGUCAACAAUGAUAGGGUGUCUAACCCUAAACCUCACAGAGGGAAUGGAGGUGGCUCUAAUUUUAAGAGGCCUAGGUGUGCUACUUGUGAAAAGCAACAUUUGGGCAAAUGUCUUGCAGAUACGGAUGGAUGCUUUGGAUGUGGGAGUAAAGGUCAUAAAAUGCUAGAUUGCCCUACACUUAAGGCAAAAGGGAAAGAGACCAAUCAAGUUGCUCAUGAUGGCCCGGAUCCAAAUGCUCCUAAGAGGAACCAUUUCUAUUUGCUUCAAGCUAAAAGGGAUAAGGGACUAAAUGGAGGUACGGAUGGAUGCUCUGGAUGUGGGAGUAAGGGUCAUAAGAUAAGAGAAUGCCUUACACUUAAGGCAAAAGGGAAAGAGACCAAUCAAGUUGCUCAUGAUGGCCCGGGUCCAAAUGCUCCUAAGAGGAACUGUUUCUAUUUGUUUAAAGCUAAAAAGGAUAAGGGAACAAAUGAAGGCUGCUAG